GAUCCCAAUGUUCUGGAUGUCUACACGGUUCUAAAGGAGAGCUACGAGGCAAGAAAGGAGGACCUGCGCUUGAAGUCCACUGGCGGGCGCCUCCCGGAUGUACCCUCAGAUGAUAAUGGUGAGCGCCCCGCGGAGGGAGAAAAUGAAGAAGGUGAGAAGCGUGGAAAUGGUGAUGUGAGUGAGGGUGGUGUGGUAGGGGAGGAUGAUGAAGAUGCUGACCCCAAAGAUCUCACCAGCAUGCUGGCGAGCUUUGAUGAUGAAAGCGACCUGCCGGCUCCCUCCAAUGACAUUGUUCAA